GGGGGGGACCCAACAGCGCUUCCAGGACGUCUGUAGCCUUUUUGCUGGCUCGAGAGGUCUGGCGCACGGCGCUCGGCUGCUCGCUACUGGACACCGGGCGCAUCCUGAGGGGGUGCGCGCAGGAAGGGCAGCAUGGCGGUGGCAGAGUGUCUCGUUUGGCACAGCUGGUGGGUGCACAUCUGUCACUUCGUCCUCCUGGUCGUCGUCCUCCUGUGCCUCUUCCUGAAGUGGUCGUCGGAGAGGCCGCGGCGGACGACCUGGGACUUCUACACCGAUGUGUCGAAGCAGAUCUUCGGCAGUAUGUUUCUCCACUGCUCGAACGUGAAGUUCUCAGACAUCGUCCGCCAUGCCACCCGUACGGGUGAUAACUGCGACUGGUACUUGGUGUCAAUCUCCCUGGACUGCACCUUAGGCAGCUUCCUGAUGAUCGCCAUCUUGAAAGCAGUGCACAAUCACAUCUUCUUGAUGAUUUUCAAGGAACGAAUGGGCAAGGACAAGGCUAACUUUCUGAGGGCAGAAUGGAUCCAAGAGGGGGACUACAAGGACAGCGGGAUCGAGUGCAACAGACUUCGGCGUACCAAACAGAUCGUCUUCUGGGUGUUCGGGCCUGUCUUCUCUGCUAGGGUCUUGGUCGUCGUCGUCAUGUACUUCUGCGGGGGCAAACUUGCCGCGCUCUUCCACUCGAUGCUCGGCGGACUGGAGUUGCAUGCCCGCGAACUCGUCACCAUUGCCAUCGUCCCAAUGCCAUUCAACAUCUUCCAGUUCUUCUACCUCGACGCGCGCAUCAAGCGGCCGCGCGAGUUGCCGCCGUCGACGUCACCGUUGCCGUCGCCGAGUAUGCCAGUGCCCUCGCCGUUGCCUCCGCCGUCGCUGAGCGAACCCCUCCUCCGCGUCGAUCCUCGUGAGGAAGUGUUCUUCCCAGGCUGCGACGUACCUCUCAGUCUCGACUGCCCGGAGCGCCAGGCUUCCGAGAGGUCGUUGCGAACGUUCUUUGGGGAUGAUGAGGUGCGCCGUUUCUACGGCCUCGAGCGCUACAAUGCGGAUGACAUCACUGGCCUCAUCGAUAAGAUGAUGGGCGGCGCCGUGGAAAUCAGUGAACACACCGCGGGCUUCUACCUAGCGCAUCAGCUCGCGAACGCUCGCACGUUCGCGAUCUGCAACAAAGCGGGUGGCAUUCACAUCAGCGAGCAGGAUUUUAGCAAUUUGCUCCUCAGGGCUGCGGUUGUUGACAGCGCCGAUCUUCUCGUGCCUCCUGCUAUCCGCGAUCGGCUGCUGGCCAGGGCGCCGCCCACCCGCACCUACGAAGUGGUCUCGCACACCAGCGUGGCACUCUGGAGAAGCCACAUCCCCCAGGAGCAGGUCUUGCGUCUUCCGGAUUGGCUCUGGAGGUUUGAGGUUGCGAGCCCAGGCGACAGGCUCGAUCUGGGCCUGCUUGUGCGCCCAUCCGGCGGGAAGACGGUGGUGGGGGUGAUCGUGGACAAGGGCAAGCCGAACUACGGGGCUUGGAUGGCCAUGUGGAACAGCGCAGAAGAGUGGGUGAAGCCAGUGGAGGCGGAGGUCGCCAGGGCGUUCAGUCGCCACGAGCGGGAGGAACUCGACAAGCAGGCGGUGGCCGUCUACCGUGCAGUCACACAGGAGUUUGAGAAACUCCGGGCACACGCAAAUCAGCUGGGCACACCACGGGUGAAUAGUCGGGCCUUCCUCACCUACUUCCAGCAAUUCAUGCCGGCGCCCUCCACCGCGUGACAGUAGGUCAGGCCGAGCACACCGGCAUCGCUUGAGGCGUGACAGUGCUAUCACAGUUGACAGUACUACCAUAGGAUCGCCGAUACUUAGAGCAGAGAACAAAACCAA